CAUGAGUGUGUGCGGCAACUCGCCACAAGGCCUGGGCGACUCUCACCCAUCGACAAUUUCCUGCCCUUGCAUUACGACUUCUUGCAGUUUGCCUACUACAGAGAGGGUGAUUAUGUCCGAGCCCUGGAAUGCACCAGGACGUAUCUCCUCUUCCAUCCAGACGACGAAGACGUCCUAGAAAACGAGGAGUAUUAUAGGAGCCUCUUGGUAGGAUCUGUUGACCUGGAGGCCAUCAAACCCAGAGAGGAGGAGGAGGAGGAGGAGGAGGANCUGCUGUGUCAGCAUGAGUGUGUGCGGCAACUCGCCACAAGGCCUGGGCGACUCUCACCCAUCGACAAUUUCCUGCCCUUGCAUUACGACUUCUUGCAGUUUGCCUACUACAGAGAGGGUGAUUAUGUCCGAGCCCUGGAAUGCACCAGGACGUAUCUCCUCUUCCAUCCAGACGACGAAGACGUCCUAGAGAACGAGGAGUAUUAUAGGAGCCUCUUGGAAGGAUCUGUUGACCUGGAGGCCAUCAAACCCAGAGAGGAAGCCGUGAGGUUCCUCCGGAGACAUCAGCUGGAAGCGGAUUUGCUAGCGGCUGCAGCCGCCAUCCUGGGUUUCCUGUACACGGAACCGAACUACUGGAGCCCCUCCGGGUCUCGGCAGGACAGUCAAAGCCUGCCAGGGUCUGUAUCCCUUUAAGAGCCUGAGUAUAAAAGGGAAGGCUCAUCCCUCGCUCCCUCCCUUCUCUCCCUAGGAGGCCCCCUUCUGUUCAACGAGGUGCAGUUUGUCUACAAUUCCCAGCAGCUGAACGGGACGCAGCGAGUCCUCCUGGACAACGUCAUCUCGCCCAGCGAGUGUCAGGAGCUGGAGCGCAUCGCCAACAACAUCCUCCUAGCUGGUGAUGGCUACAGAGGGAAGACCUCGCCGCACACUCCCAACGAGAAGUUUGAAGGAGCCACCAUCCUCAACGCGCUGAAGUUUGGCUACGAGGGGCGGAUCCCGUUGAAAAGUGCCCGCCUCUUCUACGAUGUCAGCGAGAAAGCCCGGAAGAUAGUGGAAUCCUACUUCAUGCUGAAUUCCACCCUCUAUUUCUCUUACACACACCUGGUGUGCCGCACGGCCCUGUCAGGUCAGCAGGAACGGAGGAACGAUCUCAGCCACCCGAUCCACGCGGACAAUUGUCUCUUGGACCCGGAAGCCAACGAGUGCUGGAAGGAGCCCCCGGCCUACACCUUCCGGGAUUACAGCGCUCUCCUCUACAUGAACGGCGAUUUUGAAGGCGGGGAAUUUAUUUUCACGGAAAUGGACGCCAAGACGGUCACGGCCUCCGUCAGGCCCAAAUGCGGCCGGAUGGUCAGCUUCUCGUCCGGCGGGGAGAACCCCCACGGGGUGAAGGCCGUCACCCGGGGCCAGCGCUGCGCCGUGGCUCUGUGGUUCACCCUGGACCCCCUCCACCGGGAAGCGGAGCGGAUCCAGGCCGACGAGAUCAUCGCCUUGUUAGGCCACCAUCCCUUCGGUCCCACCGAGCUGGACAUCAACCCCAAGGAUGAACUAUGA